AACUAUAGUCGCCUACCCAGCUGUUUAAACUAAAAAGAUUUUAGAAAUUCAUUAUGAAUUUUUCAAAAUGCAGGUCUGCUGAGGGUUUUGAGUACGACACAAGCAAAUAUGGAGCCUUUUUGGAUGUUGAUCCUGUUACGGAAAAGUUGUCAUUGAGAACUUUGAUUGAUCAUUCCAUAGUAGAAAGCUUUGGUGGAGGGGGAAAAACUUGCAUUACAACCAGAGCUUAUCCUACUUUAGCCAUCAACGAUAAUGCCCAUAUAUUUGUUUUCAACAAUGGAUCCCACGAUGUUGAAGUCUCCGGUUUGAGUGCUUGGAGUCUAAACCGGGCUCAGAUCAACUGAACCGUUCGACGAAUCAUUUAACCAAUAAUUUAUAAGGGAAAAUCAUUUUCUUUUUAAUAAAUUUGAAAUAAAAACAUGUAUGUUUUUUUUUAAAUUCUUGAUCACCAAAAGAUUUGGAGGUACGAAAAAAAAAAGGAACAUUGCAUUCGCCUUUUUAUUUUAAGAUCAAGUCAGCUUUUGGGAAUAUGUAUAAAUUUUGCAUGAGUUUUCUUAUAUCUCAUAAUUAAUAAACUUUUAUCUGCAUAUA